AUGGCUCAUCACCACCACCACCACCACCACCAGCAGGAGCAGGACGCAGCCUAUGGCAACGAUGUAAAUUCUCCUUAUCAAGCGGCUUAUGGGAAUCCUGCUUACCAGCCGUCGCCUUACGAGCAGUCCUCAUAUCAGCAGUCGUCUUACGAGCAGUCCCCUUACGCGAAUCCUCCACCUGCGGCUUACGGCCACCAGUUUCCUCAAUCCAGCUACGAGGAACGGCAGCGUGAGCAGCAGCUCGAGGAGCAGCGAGCUUUUGGGACUUAUGAGCAAGAGGUGAAGGCUGGCAAGAAACGUGAACACUAUGGAGAGGCCGCAGCUCUUGCAGCUGGUGCCUUUGCAAUGUAUGAAGCACACGAGGUGAAGGUGGAUCCAGAGCACGCUCGCACUCACAAAAUCGAAGAGGAAAUUGCUGGGGUCGCGGCUCUCGGAUCUGGAGGCUAUGCCCUCUAUGAGCACCACGCCGUAAAGACGACCGAACGCCGUGAGGACGAAGUUGAAGGGAAGAAGCACCAUCACCAUCACCUGUUUUAA